GGCACGUGAGCUGUAAGCGCGACGUCGCUUUACUAACAGUCGACAUGGCGGCCACUACUCCUCCCAAGGUAAUAUUCGAACACGAAGGAGUUUUCAUCCAUUCAAACACGGAGGAAUCUGAUGACCAGGAUUUACUACUGUCAGGCUUUCUCCGAAUCCUAGAGAAGGAUGGUGAAACAGUUGUGGAGUAUAAACCUCUGGAAGAUACAGUCGAUCCAUCCAACAUGCUGUGUGCUGGAAAGGACUCUAGCUCGGUGGUGGAGUGGACACAGUGCUCAGGAGAGAAAGGUCACAGACCCAUGGAUCAGCAACUCAGCUGUGACACUGAGUGGGACAUGGUCAAUGCUGUGUCUUUCAGAAGGAAACCGUACACUAAUGGAGAAGGUGGAUUGAACCACACGAAUGAGCGCAGCAAGUGGGCCUUCUCCUUCUACGUGUGCGAUCUCAAAUCUAUCAGUGUGAAGUGUGAGGGCUGGUCUUAUCUGACUUUCCACCUGAGAGAUGGCAACACGUUACCAGCUGUUCAUUUCCAUCAGGGGGGCAGUGAAGCGUUCCUGGAUAACCUCAGGAAAUGUGCACAGCUCAGCGAAUGCCCUGAUGAUGAACACACCCUGAUUGUUAGUUAUUACAACAAAGCCCUUUCACAGUCUUUUGAGAAUCUUCUAGAUGACACCAACUAUGGCCUUGUACAGAAAUUCAAAAAAGAUCCCUACACGACAACAUUGGGGGGGUUCUCCAAAGUCACAAACUACAUCUUCGACGCGUUCCGCGGCUCUGAGCUGGAGUGCCAGGAGAGGCCGGCGGAGGAGAUGUCAGAUCUGCUGGGAGAACUAAUACCAGGGCUGGAGAUCAAUCAGCAGGAGGAACCUGGCUUUGAGGUCAUCACCAGGGUGGACCUGGGAGCAAGGCCAGAGGUCCAGAGGAGGGAACCGGUAACUGUGGAAGACUGGACAAAGCACCAAGACUCUGAGGGAAGAAUAUCCAACGUUACCCAUUUGAAGCAUAUCAUAUUUAAAGGGGGAUUAUGCCAUGCAGUGAGGAAAGAGGCUUGGAAGUUUCUGCUGGGAUAUUUUCCGUGGGACAGCACCCACGAUGAAAGGAAAAACUUACAGAAAAGGAAAACAGAUGAGUAUUUUAGAAUGAAGCUUCAGUGGAAGUCAGUCAGCGAAGAGCAGGAGAGAAGGAACUCAAGGCUACGGGACUACAAGAGCCUCAUUGAAAAAGACGUCAACAGGACAGACCGGAACAACAAGUUUUAUGAGGGCCUUGACAACCCGGGCCUGAUACUGCUGCAUGACAUCCUCAUGACGUACUGCAUGUAUGACUUUGAUCUGGGUUAUGUGCAGGGUAUGAGUGACCUCCUCUCUCCUAUUCUCUAUGUGAUGGAGAACGAGGUGGAUGCCUUCUGGUGCUUUGUGUCCUUCAUGGAGCAGAUGCAUGAGAACUUUGAAGAGCAGAUGCAAGGUAUGAAGACACAGCUCAUCCAGCUAAGCACGUUACUACGACUCCUGGACCUCGCCUUCUGGAAUUACCUCGAGGCUCAGGAUUCUGGGUACCUGUAUUUCUGCUUUCGGUGGUUACUGAUCCGCUUUAAGAGAGAAGUCCAUUUCCAGGAUGUUCUUCGCCUGUGGGAGGUUAUGUGGACCGGGUUGCCUUGCCAAAACUUUCACCUCCUGGUGUGCUGUGCCAUUCUGGACUCAGAGAAACAGAAAAUCAUGGAACGGAAUUACGGGUUUAAUGAAAUUCUCAAGCAUAUAAAUGAACUUUCCAUGAAACUGGACAUCGAAGAAAUUCUCCACAAAUCAGAGUCUAUCUGUAUGCAGAUAAAGAAUUGUAAGGAUUUGCCCCACUCGGUGAGAGAGAUCCUCGGCUUCAGCGCGGUCCCGGAAACGUCCACACUAGAGACAAGUGAAUACGGAAUACUUGAAUCACCUCAGACCUCACCAAGAGCCACAUUACGACAAGACCAGCUCAUUUCCAAUGGUCACGGACACUUAAGAGAACUCUCUCACAACGGCUGUAAAGUAGCCUUCAUUUCAUAGUGCUCAAAGCAACUUGAAUAUGUCUUUUUUUUUUCUUUUUUUUUUUUUUAUUCUAAGCCCCUCCAUCCCAGGAUGAUGAACAGAAAUAAAAAUAUAUGUAGAUAUUUGAUAAGAAAUGUCACUCUGUAAAGUAUCCCACAUUAAAAAAAAAUGUAUGAAUGUAAACUGGGAUUUAAAGGUCUCCCAAAUGUGUUAUUUUUGUAAAUUUUAUUGUAUCAUAUUGUCUUUCAUUUUAAAUAAUCAUUCCCUCUCAUUCUGUAGAGAGUUUUCGUAAUGUUGGACUGAAAUAUCCAUUUCUGAAUAUUGAGUGCAUAUUUUGUUUUCUUUCUCUCCCCCCCAAUUAAUCUUUUUUUUUUCUGAAUCAAACACUAACUGUUCAAAUUAAAACUCGUGCUUCACA